GAGGUGGAAGAAACUUCACUCGCGUACGGCGGCGGUUGAAGGCCACGAAAAUCAAAAGCAGAGUGAGUUGGGGAGAAGGCCAAAAAUGGUGGGCCACAGCUUCGUUGGCAUUGACAUUUCCAGAGCUCAACAAUAAUUUAACUCCCUUCUGCUUCUUCUUCUUCUUCUUCUUCUUCUUCUCUUCUUCUUCUCUUCUUCUUCCCAUUCAAUUCACACGCCUCUGCCAUUCUCUUCUCUCUCUCCAGCUGUAGCCAUGGGGAAAUCCCAAAUUCAAAGACUCAAACUCGCCAUUCAGACCAAGCGAACCACCACUCCUCGCCAUAAAGCCCUAAUCCUCAACGCAUUGCAUAAAUCUCCUCUCAAUCGCAACGCCCGCCGCCGGAGACGCACAAAACCCACCCGCAUUGCCUCCGGAAAAGCCGAGGAGAAGGAGGCCGUCGAACGGAAGAUUCGCGCGUUGCAGACCAUCGUCCCGGGAGGGGAAUCGCUCGGAGUUGACAAACUAUUCGAACAGACGGCGGAGUAUAUCAUGAAUUUGCAGCAUCAAGUGAAGGCCAUGAGAGCGCUGUCGAGCUUCUUCGAAAGCUUGGAGAAGGAGAAGAGCAAGUGCGGCGGAGGUUGAAGAAGAUGAGUAACUCUUUUUUGUUUUUGAUUUUUUUUUUUUCCUUUCUUGAUUCGGUUAAUUAUUUUUUUCUUUCCAUGUGAGAAAGAUGGGACGCUUGAUUCUCAGUCGCUCCAUCUUUUCUCUUCUCUGUUAGUUGGGAGCAGAAUUUGGAAUCCUUUUGCCUGUUUAUGAUCAUCAUACUACUCUCUGCUAAAUCAGUGUAGCUUUCUAAUGAAUACAAAAUCAAAUUCCACCUGGUGAGAGUUGAACAA